CGCCCAAACGCGGAAGUAGAGAUGGAAGAGAUCACUCACAGGACGGUAGCUGUGAACGGCAUCAACAUGCACGUCGCCGAGAAAGGAGAAGGCCCCGUGGUUCUCCUCAUCCACGGCUUCCCGGAGCUCUGGUACUCAUGGCGGCACCAAAUCGUGGCCCUCGCCGCCCACGGCUACCACGCCGUCGCCCCUGACCUCCGCGGCUUCGGCGACACCGACGCACCUCCUGCCGUCACCUCGUACACCAUGUUCCACGUCGUCGGUGACCUCGUCGGUCUCAUCGAAGCCCUCGGUCGAGAUCAGGUGUUCGUGGUGGGACAUGACUGGGGCGCAUUGGUCGCGUGGUGCCUGUGCAUGUUCCGGCCGGAUAAGGUGAAAGCGUUGGUGAACCUGAGCGUUGUUUUCCGGCCGAGAAACCCUACCGGGAAACCAGUGGAGACUCUUCGGACCGCAUAUGGCGAUGACUACUACGUUUGCAGAUUCCAGGAACCUGGAAGAAUUGAAGCAGAGUUUGGUCGAGUUGGCACUUCCUUGAUAAUUAAGAAGUUCUUAACAUAUCAUGAUCCAGGUCCUGUUAUCGUACCAAAGGAGAAAGGAUUUGGAGAUGCCCCUGACAAGGAGAACGCCCUACCUUCUUGGCUGUCAGAGGACGACCUUAAUUAUUUUGCAGGCAAAUUUGAGAAGUCUGGUUUCACUGGAGGAUUGAACUACUACAGAGCUUUAGACCUGAACUGGGAGCUGACGGCACCAUGGACUGGAGUGCAGAUCAAAGUACCUGUGAAAUUUAUUGUGGGAGAUCAAGACCUAGCUUACCAUUUUCCUGGUGUUCAAGACUACAUAAGCAAAGGUGGAUUCAAGAGAGAUGUUCCCUUGUUAGAGGAUAUGGUUGUCAUGGAAGGAGUAGGCCACUUCAUUAACCAGGAGAGACCACAGGAGAUCAGCAACAUCAUCCUUGAGUUCAUCAAAAAAUUCUGAUUCACCAGCAUCACACCAUUCUGGUUUUUUACAUUCCAAUCUCGCUGCAUCUUGUAGUGAGGUCUCGAGCUGUAAUAAAGUUAUCCAAAACUAGUAGCAGAAUGUGAAAGGAGAUCUUGCUGUUGUA